GGCUCAGUAAUGUGUUGGCUGUCAGUGAGAGAGGAUGAGUGCUGUGUCCUCUUUGUCUAUUGCAGUACUUAGCGCCACUAGCAAUACGAGAAAUGGGUUUGGUCGUGUGUCACAGACUGGCGGUUUGGUGCUGCGUCGACCCUGGCACAGUAGCGUGGUGUCUGCACGAGCCAUCCCCGAGGUCACCGCAGCUUGCAGCAUCGCCCAUGGUAACUUAGCCAGUGGGUGGGUGACACGAGGGCCAGGCCAGCACCAUGGCCACUCUCAGGCCGCCACGCCGGCGGUGUUUAUAUCUCCGGCUCUCCACGUGUCGUACACGACCGUUCACGUGCCGUAUUAUCGUGCGUUCCACACGUCCCCGAGAGCCUGGGAAAAAGAAUCGUCAAAGCCAUCAUCACAAGUUGAAGUGACAGUUAAAGAUCUCAAAGAAAAAGCCAAGGCAGCUGGGUCUCCCAUGGCUACUGAUAAAAAAUUAGAAGUGGUGGAAAGAAAGUCACUUGGUGUGAGAAUUAAAGAAGAAAUCUUACAUUAUUAUCACGGCUUCAGGCUCCUCUUCAUCGAUACCAAAAUCUGCAUCAGAUAUGUCUGGCGGCUCGUCAAUGGUGAAACGUUAUCGAGAAGAGAACAUCGACAGUUAGUACGGACGACCAGCGACCUCUUCCGCCUGUUGCCCUUCUCCGUGUUUAUCAUCAUACCCUUCAUGGAGAUCUUGUUACCAGUAGCUCUCAAACUCUUCCCGGGAAUGCUGCCAUCCACCUUUGAGACAGCUAAUGAGAAGGAAGCAAAGAUGAAGAAGAGACUUAAAGUGAAGCUGGAGAUGGCCAAGUUCCUCCAGCAGACACUAGACACCAUGGCAGUACAGGCGAAGGGACGGCGUUCAGAGAGUGCCAAGGAAUUUGUUCAGUUCUUUGAAAAGGUAACAAAAACUGGAGGAUUCGUCAGCAACGAGGAGAUUCUCAAGUUCAGCAAGUUGUUCGAGGACGAGAUCACCCUCGACUCUCUCUCUCGGCCGCAGCUGGUGGCUCUCUGCCGACUGUUGGAGAUGCAACCUUUUGGUACAAAUAACUUCUUGAGGUUCCAACUGAGGAUGAAGUUAAGAACUCUGGUUGCUGAUGACAAGAUUAUCCAGCAUGAAGGAGUAGAGUCACUGGCUGUGUGGGAGCUACAGCAGGCUUGUCGUACCAGAGGGAUGAGGGCGUACGGUCUGUCGGAAGAACGGCUCCGCAUGCAGUUAUCCCAGUGGCUGGAGUUGAGCCUCACGGAGAAGGUCCCCCCGUCCCUGCUCCUCCUCUCGCGGACGCUCUUCCUCCCAGAGAGCGUCCAGACCCCAAAUACCUUGGCUGCCACCAUAUCAACCCUACCAGAUGAGGUUGCCACACGCACUAAAGCAGCCAUCGGUAAGCGUGAGGGUAAGAUCGACAACUUGACUCGCCUGGAAGUGAUUCAGGUUGAGGAGAGGAAGAUUGCCGAGGACAAGAAGGAGCUGGAAAGAGUUGAGGAGGAGAAGAAAAUCAAGGAAGAAAUUGCCAGGAAGAAAGUACAAGAGGAGGCACAGCGACAGGAGCAGGCGGUGCAACAAGCCGUGGAAGAAACUCGGGCAGAGGUUCUUCAGGCAGGGGCAGAAGUGGCCCAGUUGCCUCCCUCAGCCAACAAGAUCCUCUCUGAAGGCGUGGAGGUGACCAAGGCUACAGUGUCGGUCCUGGGAGAGAUCCAACAGAAGGCUGAUCCAGAGGAACUCAUCGACCGAGCCCCAGUACUGAAGGAUAAAGCCGAGGUUCUCUCUGAGGAGCUGCCAAAGUCAACCCAGGAAGCUGCUGCUGCUGUUACUGAGCCGACUAUGCUGACGAGUAAAGAUCUGCGGGACGUAGAGGAAGCCAUCGAGACCUUAGGGGUGGAGAAGAGGAAGCUGAUUAUCGAAGAGCAAGAACUCUCGGAGCUGAAGAGCGAGUUGGCCGACUACAAGGAAGAUAUCGAGGACUUCCAAAAGGCCUUGAUCGAAGCAGACAUGAACAAGAAGGAAUUACGGGAGAGUAAAGCCGCCAAACGCCUCUUCAUCCGCGUCAACAAGAUGAUCAACAGACUGGAGCCCGUGUUAGACAGUCUGGGCAAGGAGAAGGAGUACAGGCAGAAGAUUGUGGAUGCUGGAGAAGCUAAAGCACAAGACAAGGCCGACUUAGUGAACCUGGAGGAGUUAACUCGUCACUUGUCCUACAUUUACCACGCCCCCGACACGUCCAAGGUCUCCAUGAUUAGUGACGUGUUGACCAAGAUGGACUUCGACAAGGAUGGAGCCGUUGAGGUGGACCACGUCCUGCACGUUUUGCACCUCAUGCUGGACGAAGGAAUGGGCGUGUCCCCCAAGUUGUUCGAGGAUGUCACCGAGAUGAUGGCCAAGGAGGAGCAACUCGAGUCUGCCAAGCUCAUACAGCACGCUCUUAAGACUACCAUAGUUGAAAGUAAGCUGACGGGCUCCUCAACUUCUGCCUCGCCGAGCAGCACAUACAAAGAUUCGACCGUCGGUAACACCCACAGCGAAGAAUCCAAGAGAACGAACGAAAAACAGGAACACUGUGAUAAUAAGGACAGUUCCCUGGAGUCGAGCGAGAUUAGCGACACCGAACAACAAGCGAAGCACAGUCAAUGACACAGCGAGAAGAGGGAGUAGUUGUUAAUUAUUAAUAGUUUAUUUAUAGUUAUUUGUAAUGACUGUAGUAUGAUGUACAGAGGUUUAUUUUAACAUUAUAGAAGUACUGUACCAUUCUGUUUUCUGAGUGGGUUUGAAUGGAAUACCCUUUACUGUACUGUGACUAGGAAUCUUUUGUUUUUAUCUUAUCUAAACUAUUACUGGAAGUACAGUUUUAUGACUUCAGAUUGUAGAGAGAAAGUUGCUUGUGUAGGAGGAUGUGUGAACCUAGGAGGACAUAUGUGGGUAUAGGAAGACUGUGUGGGUAUAGGAGAACACAUUGACCUCGGAGAACGUGCGGGUGUAGAUGACAACUAUGAACUAACUAACCAUCGUACACUAUACUCCAUAAACAUGUUGGUUGUAUACAGUAUACACUAUAGCGAUGCAUUUGUUAAAUAAUUAAUGGUGUGCGAGAGCUGCUGUACUGUAUAUAUAGUAUAGUGAUAUAGUAAAGCAUUAUAUUGUAUUGCCAAAUAUUCCACUUGAAUUAUUUUAAGAGCGAGUGUAAUUACUGCAGUUACCGUUAUAUAUAGAUAAUUACUGCAAUACCUCUCUCAUUUGUGUUAUUCUCUUCCUCAGUUUAUCAAGAUGUUUUGCUUCCACAGGUAUACUGUUUUAUCUGAUUAUUAUUAUUAUUACAUGAUGUGUAAUAUUUUUUUUACUCUGAUGUGGAAAUUUAAGAGUUUAUUGUAUAUCGAGAAUAUAUGUGAGGAGUACUGAUUGACUGCUCUUGUACUCAGCAUUUUUUCAUUUGCAUAUAUUUUCACUUAACUUUGGUAUAGGUUGUGCUGUAAGAUUUUUUUUGUAACAAAUAGUAUUUAUUUCUAUAUAUAUAUAUAUAUAUAUAAUGGCUGUGUAUAUAUAUGCUGUGAUGAUUGUAGAAAGGCUUUGUUGUUAACUAUUUAAUUUUGUGUAAAGUUGUAUUUUUAAGUGUAACAAGCACACAUACAGUACCCAUGUAUAAGCAGGGUUUGACAUAAACACACACAUACAGUAUAUAUAUAUAAUAUGUCUGGUCACAUAGUGUUUAACACAAAUACACAAAUACAGUGUUUAACACACAAACAGUAUAUAUAUAAUGUCUGGUCAUAUACAAUAAUGUUUUUAUUGUUAGGAAAACCUUAUUGGAAUGAAAUGACAUUUUAGUAAUUCAGGAAGUAAUGUAAUGCACAAUAAAAUUGUAUUUAGAACAUCUUGUUAAUAGACAGAACGUUUGAAAGUCUAAAAGAAUCAAGUUCUCUCGCCUUAUAGCUCAGUGCUGUAGGGCUAUACCUGCCUAUGAUGUAACUUAUUUGACAGAAGUAAACAGUAUUUUACUGAUUCAAAUAUUAAUGUUGUUGAGGUUUGACUGUCUUGGUUGUUUGGGCAUUGGUCCAGUCAAUACUGCAAUGUGUAGAAUAUUAUAAGUUACCGGUAAGAUAAAACUGUUUAUUCGUUGACAUAAAGAAACUGUUUAUCACUAGAGACAAAGUUUCAGUAUUUACUAUAAUUUGGUUGUCAGAGCAAAGUGUCAUGUUUCCUACCUAAAUAUUUAGUUUGAAGUUACCAGUGACACCAUAAGACAUAAAACUGUUCCUCACUUUGCAUGUAGUUAUAGUAACUGAGGCAGGAGGCACUGGGAGUCAACACCAUCAGUUCAACACAGUACAUGAUGGCAAAUUUGGAGUUGUAAUCUCUGUGACCUUUGUUUUUUAGCUGAAGAAAGCCUGGCUGUAAAACGUUGUUGAUGAUGUUGCAUAAAAGGUGCACUGUUGUUGCUAUAACCAUAUGUGUAUCUGCAAGUUUAUUUCAUGUUUGGUGAUGUUAAAGAAAAUUUUUCAAGUUCAUGAUCAGUGAUGUUGAUUAAAUGAACAAUGACAGUGUACCAUAAUAUAUCAGCAAGCAUUUUUUUCUUUUUAGUGAUGAAGUUUGUAGUGAUUUAGAAUAAUGGUGAAAUUUAAAAGGAAAUUUGUAUUUUAAACAAUUUCACAAUGCAAAUUUUAGGUCUUGGUAUUUGCUGGUAAGAUCUUUACCGAUUUUAAUUCUCAUAUGCUGAAGUUACAGAAAUCCUAAGACUUGCUGUACUUGUAUUUGUCAAAUUGUGUAAACUAUUUGUAACAUUAUACCUCUGUCUCUUCAGCUUCCAUUACUGUACCCUUGUAAUACAAUUCUCUGACAGUCAGACAAACUUCUUCUGCCUCCCUUCUGAGGAGUACUGCAGGCAGGCCAUUUUGAUGUAUAAAUACUAUACAGUAGUCUGUUCACUCCAACCAUGCACCUGGGGUCUAGGGUCAGUUUGUAAUACGGCAGCUGAUUGGUUGGUGAAUGGACACGCGAAGAGUCACUACAGUUCUUCAGUAUUUAAUCUAUUGUAUUAAUAUUUUGAUAAUUUAAGGGAUAAUAACUUUUCUGUGUUGAUCUGUGAAAAUUUCUGUGCUUGGGGAAGCAAAAAUUAACAUAGUAAAUGUUCUGGUAACCUAAAUAACAUCAAGAGAACAUGAACAUGAUGAACAAGUUCCAAGACGUAAACUUCUCCUUGCUGUGUGACAUCACACAGUGCAGUAGAGGAUGUCACUGAAAUUUUGUAAUCUCUUUCUUGUUCUCUUCAAGAUAUUUAUGUUACCAGAGCAAUUCCUGUGUUAAUUUUUGCUCCUUCAAAUGCGGAAAUUAUCAGAGAUCAACACUAAAAAGUUAUUAUUCCUUAAAAUAUCAGAAUAUUAACAUGAUAGAUUAAAUACUGAAGAACCGUAGUGACUCUUUGCAUGUCCAUCUGUCAACCAAUCCGCUUCCUUGUUACAAACUGACACUAGACCUCAGUUGCAGUGUUGGAGUGAACAGACUGUGCACAAUUUUCUUGCAUAUCUCCUUCAAACACCAUUCAAUCAUCAGAAUAUUGGUAAACUUGAUGAGAUUGUCAAGAAAAAAUGGAAAGGAAAAAAUGCAGUGAAAUGAUUAAAAUAUGUUUGCUAGAAAUUCAUGUAAAAAAAUAAGAUCAUGACAUGAAUAUUGUUUGUUUCCUCGACUCGCUCACCAGUCUUGUUACUUAGUGUUUGUAUACAGUAUUUGGGAGUUAGCCAAAUGGGGCUAAGUCCUAAGAGGCAUAAACUGUAUUGAAACCCAGACCUACACAGUCUUAUAACUAAUGGUUAAGUUGGGGUCUCGCAAUACCCCGCCCCAUACAAACCAUAAGCAUGUCUCUCGUUACUUAAUUGUACUCUACUGUUUUAACCAUUUUCCUCAAAUAUGGUCCAUAAGUCAAUACAUCACCACAAUAUGUAAGAUAACAACAUUCACAUACAUAUAUGUUCACCGUGACAAGAUUGUAUUAUAUGACGUGAACUAAGACGCUUUAAUGUUCUCUUGCGAGUUUCACUGCAUGUCAACAUCUUGUAACUUUACGUCUGUACAGCCAAUAUACAGUAUAUGUGACUGAAAUCUUCAUGUUUUUCUCAUUGCAUUAACAACAUAAAUUUAUUGAAGUAUAUUUUCUCAACAAGAUACAUCUUUUGUUUUUUGAACUGGCUGAAUUCAGUGUUGCUGACUACUGAGAAUUGGAUUUUGUCAAUGUUUGCAUUACUGAUAAACAAAAUUGUUAGAA